CUGGGCGCGGGGGGAGCGGCCGGAGCGCGGCCGGCGGUGGAAGUUGUUCGCGCAGUUAUAAUUAGCCCGGCCGGGGUCUGGGCGAGCCGGGCGGAGGAAGGGGGAGGAGUGUAACUUUUCGCAGCUCGGGAAGCCCAAGGUUGUCUCUGGUUACCGCUGCCCACGGCCGCGGCGGGGGCGGGACGGCCGCAGGAAGCACCGGCGCUCCUUCCACAAAGGCCAAAUGGUGGCAGGAGCCGCGGGAGCGGCUGCGGGAGCGCGGCAGGAAAGGGCUUUCCCUGAAUCCCGGCAGGAAAGGGCUUUCCCUGAAUCCCGGCGGCUCCAGCCUGGCGCUCCCCAUCGCUGCCGCUCGCUGGUUGCGACUUAAUGUGUAAGCUGCGGUUACAUUUUUAAAUAGCAGGUUUUGUUUGGCUUAGUAAGCGCGUGUUAGUCGGGGCUGCGAGCAGGUGGAUAGGGCUGGAGGAGCAUAAGAUUGGUCUCUAUGCAUAUUGCAGAUUAAGCUCGCAAAUAGGUGCAGUUAAUAAUUUCCGCCCUAGUUAGGCCUGGAAUUCUUCAAACUGUGCUGGAAUGCUCGUUUCUAAAAGCAUAGGUGGAAGCCUUAUGCUGUAGUUUUCCACUUUAUUUUUGAUGUGGCUAAAAUCCGUAUUUCAGGCAGUUAACUGCAGGGUGGGAAAUACCAUAAAAAUUGAAAUGAUGCUGUGAUCUCAAAAUUCUAAAGUGAUCCCUAAACACAUACUAGGAAGGGAAGACAAAAAGUAAUCCACAAAAGAGAUAUAAUUCAUAGUGAUUUGCAACUAUUGUGUCUUCUAUGGUUGUUUUUUUUUCCCUAACAGAUUGUAAAAAUUAAACCUAAUAAUCUUACUUCUGUACUUUUUCCUGACACUUAACCCAGUGUGCCCAGAAAUCAUACAGGGCAAAAGUCGAAACCUCCACAGUUACUUCUGCAGGAAUCCUUUGAAGUAUCUAAUAAAGAAAUUAAAUUCGAGAACUUCUUGACUUCAUCUCCUUUUAGCAAAAUACUGGAUUUCUGAAACACAAGUAACAGUGCUAUUUUUUAUCCAGUGCUUCUAAUUUUGUUGGGUUUGGAGUUUUGUAGCUAAGGUGCUGAAAUCGAAAACUUUUCAACAUUUUACUAUGCUUGUUAGCUUUGUGAAGUUGUUUUAGCAUUAAAGAAUCGUAAAACUCUAAACCAUGUGUUUUUAUAUUCAGUGAAUAGAAAAUGCAGUGACUGCACACCUCUCCCUGUGACCUGACAAGUACACUUUAAAUGAACCUCAAUAGUGACCAUCUGAAGUCCUGCUGUUUCAGAGCAAAUAGGUUAUGAAUCUUCAUUUGUCUCUUUGUUUGGGGCUUUUAUUUUUUUCCUAUUUAUUUACAGAUAGCAUGGAUAUCAUUAUAGUGGGAAAGAAGUCAGCUUCUAGAAGGAGGAGGGAGAUGUUAAUGUGUUUGUUGCUGUGGGUUAGAUUUGGCUUGCUUAGGUCACGGGCAUUUUACUGCUGUUUUACUGCAUUUUUACAGUUCCGAGGUUCUGUAAGCGGAGGAGCCCUUUGGUAGCAUCAGGCUAUGAGUUGCUAUGUAAGAUGAACUGUAGGCGUUUACUUGCCCGUCUGUCUGAAUGUAAGACUGCCUUUCACUAUGUAUUAUUUUAAGAUUUGUGAAGUAAUGUAUGAACUCUUGAUUUUUGAUCACGAAGGACUGUGUGUGUGCAGCUAGUACUGAUCCGUGCUCCUGCGGUGCAUUUGUGAGGCUGGGUCAGGUGUCUGUGUGUGUGAUGUGCACAAACAGGCAUGUCACAUCCAAUCCUGACUGCAGGCUCUUAGCCCCUGCAAGGCCUUUAAUUCUUGGAAUUCAUUACUCUUUGGUUCUCCAGGUGGGGGUGAGACCUCAAGAGCAUGGAUCAUGCGAUUCCCUCCACAUUUUCUAGCCUAGCCCAUAGUUUACUGUCACUUCAGCCUUUUCACAUUGCCCAGUUACCAAUACUUUCAGCUAAUACAUGAUUUAAUCCAUGUGGUCUCUAGCCAUACUGCAGAUAUUGCUCUAUCAGGGCUUUGAUGGAAAUGGUGCCACAUUGAACAUUAGACACAAUUAUAGGACACCUUGUCAGCUGUCUUCUCAUACUGGUUUUGUGUAUGCUGAAAAAGAGGAAAGUUGGGGAAUUAAAUAAAAAUCUAACUGCUUUUGUAGCCUGUUAGCAUUAGGGGAUAAUUCUGAAACGUAGUUCUUCACAAUGCAUGGUAUUCUGUCCUGAUUAUGUAAUUUUGGAGAUGAUUACAUUGUAAAUUGAUGUUCUAUAACCUGAGGAAGUAGCAGGGCAAGGCCUUAUCCUAAAGCCUAACGCUUAGAGGAUCAGCAUUCUGCAGUACUCAUUUAUGAAAGAUAAUUUCUACAUUUUUUGUGUUCACAGGUAAAACUGUUAGGUCCUCUUAUUUCAGUGUAUUCAUGAAUUUAGGGGUUUAACCCAUAUUUAUCUGCUUUUAUAGACUUUACCACAAAUAAUUUUAAAAGUUGUGUUGAAUUGUGUGCCUAAUGCUUCUGAUUUAAAAAAAUAAAAGCCACCACACAGUAAUUAAAUGCUCUGAUUUUGUUUUGUUUUUCCUCUUAAGUCGCAUCAUUCUACCUCGGUGGAUGGCUUGGCCUCUGGGAUAGUUCGAGACUCUUGGAUGACCACACUUUAUGCAAAAUCCAGAAUCUUCCUGCCUGGACUCCUUUCUGUUUUCUAAGGGUUCAUGUUGGGGAGAGGCCUAAAGCGCAAGCUGAGUGACUAUGAGGAGAGCAUGGCUGGUCUCUCGAGUGCCUUUGAUUCCAGUCGAGGUCUGCCCUACCCGCUCAAGCGGCAGCUGGUGCUCAACAUGUGCCUCACCAAGCUGCAGACGUACAAAAUGCUGGUGGAGCCCAACCUGCACCGCUCCGUGCUCAUCGCCAACACCGUGCGGCAGAUCCAGGAGGAGAUGAGACAAGAGAGCAACCAGCAGCCAGUGAGUAUCUGCCCUGGCAUUGCUCCUGCUUCUCACAGCUACACAGGGCUGGAGUCACCUGGGAUUUCCCUUCAGUUGCCUUCAGGUGUUGGUCAGCAGGAGUCUCACUGCUGUGACCUGCGGUCUGUAGAAGACCCGAUUGAAAACAGCCUGCUGAUCGUUUCAGACGAUGACAUGUCAUCUGCUAUUUCGUCUAUUCUGAAGGAUUUAGACUUUGUAGAAGAUAUCAGCCCACCUACUUGUCUGGUUCCUACUGGAGAUGACCAGCCAAAGUUUCCAGAAAAUACUGGUCUGAAACUAGAAGAUGACAGACAGGAUUUGAAGGGAGCUGAAUGUGUGUUUGGUUCCUUUGAGAUUUCAAAUUCAACCAGUUACUUGAAGGACUUGGCAAUAGAUGACAUUUUUGAAGAUAUUGACACUUCAAUGUAUGAUUCAGACUUCUGUUGCCCUCCCCUGAUGCCGCCCAGAUCACCAUCUCUUGCUACAGAGGAACCAUUGAAAACCUUCCCAUCUUGUAAUUCUUCUUCAGCAAACAACAUUCAGAUAUGUAGAACAGAUCUGAGUGAGUUGGACCACAUCAUGGAAAUUCUCGUUGGAUCCUGAUACUUGUUUUACCCAAAGAUACUUUUAGACUGCCACUUGCAUUUGGUUUCAGGAUAAAACCCACUGGAAUAGUUGUAAAGAAUUCUUUAAAAAGCAAACUAAAUAAUAAUUUGUCCAUAGUAGAAUUUUCUGAAUAAUUCCAAAACUUACAAACCAAAAAAGUGGCAGAUUUUAAAAAAGAAAAAUUAUUUAUCAGAACUGUGCAAUCAUCAUUUUCCUUCCAGGGUGUAUGUGGAACAAUGGGCACAUACCCUCAUCACCCCUCAUGCCUCUUUCAAUAAACUUUUUUAUGUGCAAUUUUUAAUUUGACAGAAGAAUUUACAUGCAAAGCAAAUUUCAUAUGAGGUGAUCUUUUAAAAAGCCUCCAUUUUAUUUUUAAUAUCAGAGUCUAUGCCAAGCUGGCAUCUGUCAAGUUGCAGAGUUAGAUUGUGCGGAUUGCAGACACGUUCUUAGAGAUGGGUAUAUUUUAAAAAUGAGACACGCUUUGCUUUCUUUUGGUCAGAAAAGCAGAUCAAGACACUUACCAACAAAGUCUCUUGCAUUUUCUAAAGCGUUCAGAACUAUUUAUUUUUGUAAAUUUUAUAGUCUUUCUACAUUUUACUACGUUAUUUCAUCAUAGUUCAAAUAUAAUGGACUUCUAGUUGGAUGUGUUUAGCACUACCUCUGAGCUGAAAUGCUUUAACUCUUUCCAGUGCUUCAUCUGAGACUGCAAAUCUUCUUGUUUCUGUUUCUUUCUGGGGGAAAGUACUUCUAACUCAUUAAGUUGAUCCUUUGGCAGUGACCUAGCUGAUUUGUGAAAUCAAGGGUAUUCAAUGUUUAAAAACUUUUAAGUAUUUACAAAUUAAUUUAUAUGUAGAUUGUGCAAUUUAACAUUUUUCUGUCAGUAUUAUGUGCUUAGAUUUUGAAUAAUCUUGGCGUUCUUUAAAUUAAAAUUUACUAUGUACAGGUAGCUUUUUAUUCUCUUUUGGAAAACACUGUCCUUCAACCCUGUUUUCACUACAAAUUUUGAGAUGAUUUUUAUGUGCAAUAUUAUUUAAAGAGAUACACAUUUGUAUACCUGGCAUUGUGGGAAGAAACGCUUCAAACUUAAAACCUCUAGCACCUUUGGAGGAUACUCAGCCACCAUUUCUGCAUCCUUUCAGAAGCCCAGCUGAGAGCACUGAGAACUCAUCACCCUCUGCUGUGACAGCCCCGGAGCACCCGUGGGGCUGCGGGGACCCAGUGCUGGUGGCUCUGUCCCUCCCUGGGGCUGGGGCCACCCUGGAGCUGCUGCCCCGGCUGUCCUGGGUGGGGCAGGGGUGUUUUUAUGCAGAUACACAAACAUCCUGCUCAGCUGGAGAUGAGAUUUGCAGUGAGAACUGGUUUUCCAUCAGGCAGUUUGGGUUCUGUGUUUCAGCCUGAACCGAGGUCUCGAUUGAUCCCUGCUGUCGUCUUCUGAGUUUCACACUUGCACACUGCUUAUUUUGGUUUGGAUUUUGCUUUUUUUUUUUUUUCCCUUCUUUUUUUAAUUAUAAAACUUUUACUUUGUCCUUGAAAGCUGCAGCACCUGUCUUGGAAACUUGCAGUUGUAAAACCUUUGCUUUGGUUUGUUGUAUUUUUUUUGGAUUUUUGUUGUUCUGCUGAGACUUUUUAUGAACGGAGUGUCAGCAGAGGGAAAAAAUGUUGCCUGUGUGUUGCAUCUCACAGAAGUUGAAAUCCUGGCCCUGUUGAAGGGGCCAGGGUGUCACCUGGUAUUUCUAGUCUUAACUGAUGCUGUGGCACACCUACCUUGUGCAGAGAUCUCCAUUUUUUACUGUGACUCUCUUGGUUAACAGUUAGCUGCCGACAUAAUUUGGUAUCCCAGGCCAAUGGAGAACCAUUUCAGGUCACAUCCUCGCAGCCAUCUGGGUUGUUUAGCAACUGAAGGGUGUAAAUGUAUUUAUAUGCAUAUAUUGUAUUGAUUCUAAUAUAAAAUUUCUGAUCUAAAGCAUUUUGAAUUGCUGGAUAAAGGGAUUUGUUUGAAGAGUGUAUAGCUAGUUAUUGAAGAGGUACAGCUUCAGAAUGUACACAGACUGUGCAUUGUGUAUAGACUACUCUGGCUUUUCCUCAGCCUCUACUUUUGUAUUAAAAAUAUGACUGAAUAAAUCCUUGAAAUAUUAAGGGCCUUCUGCACUGUGAUGAAACAGAGAUGCGGUUAAAAAUGUCUUUAAAUUCAGUGAUGAGGGAUAAAAUAAAAAGACUGCAUCUAAUCUUUUUGCAUUUGAAAAUAUGGAAUGUUACUAUGCAGUAAAGAUAUUUUGGUAUGAAAAUUGUAUCAUAUAGCAAAUAGUGAACACUUAAUAAAUCCACUUACUUUGCAGUCUCUACAGAAACAGGAGAGAAGACAACUUGCUUUUCGACAUUUAUGUACUAAAGUUUUUUGUAUACUGCAGCAAAAGAUUUAAUUGUUGGUAGAUCUUUUAUCAACAAUUCAAAAUGCAAUUUUUGUACAAGUGUUGGCUACAGAGCUCUGUUUCUAAUUGGUUGCUUGUGUCACAGUGCCAAGACCAUGAGCUGGUGUGUAAUGCAGUUCGGUUAUGUUUGGAAUUAUGUGCAAAGGGAAGUUUAAUUUUUAAAUAUGCACAAAUUAACUUUAAAAUCCUUCCAUGUAAAAUGAAGUUAGAGGCUAGUUGUGGUGGACCUAUUUAUUGUAUGUUUGGAAAUAAAAGCCACAGUUUUGCAUUUAAA